UAAAUUCAAGAAAGUAUUACACACAUAUACACACAAUGAUGAUAAUUCAUCAUUGAGGUGACACACAGGAAUAAACUUCUAGCACGUAAGAGCUAUUACAUUUCUAUGAAAUUUUCAUAAAAUCAUGAGCCAGAAUCUCAGAGACAUUUUCAAUGGGCAGAGCUCCAAAUCUAAAACUAAAACCACAAACUUCUACAAUGCAUGCAAAAGUUUGUACACCCGUAGGACAAAACGGCUGAUAAAAAUCACUAAUAAUGUAAUUUAUGUAUGUAAUUUAAUUAUCCUCUGUAUAUUUCUGUGUAUUUUGUAUUUUUGUAUUAUUUUGGCUCAUUAAUAUUAACAAGGCAAUUUUACGUCUACCAUGAAGAAGUUAUGUAUGCCAUAUUAGUACACUGGCAUUUCUUUUCUAUAUUCUGGAAGAUGUUUUUCUUUUUUCUUUUCUUUUUUUUAAAUAUCAGUCUUUAUAUCUUAUCUACUUCUCAGACCUUGCAGACAAAACCUCAUUUAUAAAUUCAUUCAUCAAGUGAUAUUCGUCAUAUGGAAUAUGAGCUUCUUUCUUAAUGAGUGUUUACCUUGUUUCUAUAGUAACAAACCGCUCCGUCCUUCCCCCCUGCUGUGACAGCGUUACAAUUGAGCUGCGAUCGUUUCUGUCUUCAUUCUGAAUGUAAAAGUGCUGGAGUUUCUGUUGCACUAGGACACGGGGAGGUAAGGUGCAUUAUGCAAGAAAAGGACAUGACUUAUGAUAAAUGGAAGCAGCCAGGAUGGAGGAUUGAACAGAAAUAUGCCGACAAAGUGCUCAUAGGCAACUGGGCUGAGGAGAGACUGCAGUUCUCUCAGAAGUGUAACACAGCACAAAGUAGCAACAGGCUGGACUUCAAGCCUCAUCCAGACCACAAACCAGAUGUGAUCGUGAGGCGGACGGCGAUUCGUAGAUCUGAGGGUCUUCCUACCAGACUCCUUUUCUCCCACCAUAACACACCCACCUCACAUUACUUGGUCACACUCUAUGACGAGUCUUAUAGUCGACAUAGCUCCACUGGCCUUCCCAAGCUCCGCACAUGGCACACUGACAAGAUGGGUUGGAUCCCUGAGAAGUCAGAUCAUCCGCUUCAUGGCCCUCCGACCAACUACGGUCUGACAGAGCUUUGGCGAGCGCAGCUGGAGAAGCAGCAGGCGGGGUCGCACAUGCACAGUAUGUACAGAGCGGCUUAUCCAGUGCAUCCCACAGAUGCAUUCUGUCAGCCUCGACAUGCCAGAGCGCCACGCCUGACCUCCGUCAGAAAGAAGGACCUGAAAAUAAACCACAUGCCAGGAAAUGCUGCUAGACCAAUGUCACCUCUGCCAUGUGUAUAA